AUGCUCCUCCCCCGCAGGCAGAGCCAAUCGAGCGGCGCGCGCGCCGAGCAGGCGUCACCAAUCGACAGCGACCAGCUGGGCUACAGGCCCGCCGGGCUGCACAGCUUCGCCGGCUGUCGUGAAAGUGGGCGGGCUGUGCGGCAGAGCUUCGCGCGCGCGCCCUACGGCCCCGCCCCCAGCCCUCCCCACUGCGGUCCCCUGGUGCCCGGGUGCCCCAGGUCUGCUGGUCUCCCGUCCACGAGCCGUGGCGCCCGCAGAGACCCCCGCCCGGGGUCCACCAGCCCCGGCGGCUUUGGAGGAUGGAACGUGGUGAGAACCCCAGCUUUUCCCCCGCCGUCGACCGCUGCCUCGAAAUUGGAUUUUCUAUUCCCCUCAAUAGAUCGUUGUAUCGUAAGGAUGUGGCCGUUGUAA